CAAUAUCUGAUUUCAGAAAACGACAUUCUCUUUCUAGAUCGUAUCUGUUUUUUUUCUGUCUCAUUUAAACAACAGAUACACAUCGAUGAAAUGUGUUAAUUACGGAAAUCAAGUUUUGAUGCACUAGUUAUAAAUCCUAAUAUGCCAAAAAUGAAAUUAAUUAUUUCAUUAUUUUUUGGAUUUAUUGGUUUUCAGAUUUCCCCGCAGGCUAGUUUCAAAGAGAACGAAGGGAGUCUUGGGAACAUCGAAUUCAGCUGCCCCGCAGGUCAAUAUUUUAACGGAGGAUACUGCUUCUCUGUUGUGGACGUACCAAUGAUCUGGAGUGAUGCAGACAGGACGUGCAAACGACAAGGCCAGUAUUUGUUUUGGGUGCUAGAUGUGGAUGAAUUUAAAGCGGUUGAUCAUUUAGCAAAGUCAACAUGGGAAUAUUAUUGGUCAGGUCUAAGUCGUAGGGAAAGCUGGUUGACGGCUAAUGAGGCAAUAUGGAGUAAAGUAAAUAAAACUGUACCGUUGGAGGAAUUUGUAUGGGAAGAUGACCAGCCGGACAUAGGGUACGGAGAUUGUGUUCACAUAAAAAAAGAUGGAUAUGGAACAUUUGGAAACUGUUUGAGAAAAUUACCAUUUGUUUGUAAAGCCGAAGCAGUUUUGAAAGGUUAUUUUCUCUGUAGAAGCGGAGAAGGAAUUCAGUCCAAAUUUGUCUGUGAUGGCCAUAAUGACUGCCAAGAUAUGUCAGAUGAAGCUAAUUGUGUCAGUAGAUGUCAUUAUAUGAUUGAUGCAGAACAUGGACAGGGAGAUACAAAACCUUCAGGUGAAAUUGUCAGCACUAACAAGUACCAGAAUUCUAGAUCCUGUUUUUGGUCUAUUGUUACAAACGUUGGAUCAAUAAUAAAAGUGCAGAUAAAAUCAUUUGAUACUGAGAAAAAUGCUGAUGUUAUGGAAUUGAGGACUGGUGGAAGAGAAGGAGAUAUUUUCUUGGCCGAGUUGACAGGCAUUGUAUAUAAUCAGCCACUAUAUUAUUCCUCAGACAAUGUGUUCAACAUCCGCCUGGUGACAGACAGCACAGUGAUACACGCUGCCGGGUUCAGAAUUUCCUGGACAACAGAUGUUCCAGAAGUAUUUAAUGAUGUUCAAAUGUUGACAGCAACAAAUUCAGUGCAACAUUUAAAAUCUCCACUUUAUGAUACUGGAUAUCUUCCGAAAGAGAAUGUUUUCGAAUGGAAAAUAACUGCCAGUACGAAAAAUAUCAUUACUAUGGAGUUUAAGAAUUUGGAUAUAGGAAAAGAUGCAAAGCUGUACUUGUGGGAUCAGGAUGAUAUCUCAUUGACCCCAACCUUGGAGGGUGUCAGUGCCUUCAAACCAAAACAUUACAUCUCUAAAUCUAAGUCCAUUAGAUUGAUGUUGAUCUCUGGAAGAGAAGGAGCCUCAUUUCCUAAAGGAAUAUAUAUCAAAUACUGGGAAGGGUGUAAAAUAAAUGACAUGACAACAGAAGGAACCAUCCAGUCUCCAGGGUAUUUUGCUCAAAGUUACCCAGAAAAUAUUGAGUGCACGUGGACUAUACAACGCCCAACAGUAGAAACAAGGACAAUGACUCUCAGAUUUAAUAAGUUUGAUAUCCAGGAAGAGGGAGAUUACUUAAAGAUAUAUAAUGACACAAAUAACGCAUUACAUACAGGUGAAGGAUUCACAGGGACUACUGAUCUGACAAACGAUUUUGAGGUUAGAUCAACUAAUGGAUAUAUCAAACUGGUAUUUACUACAAACUAUUAUCUGACCGAUAGUGGAUUUGAAGCUGAAUUUUCUUUAGACUGCCACAAUUUCGCUGUAUCUCCAGAAACACAUCUUAAUUCACAGUCAAAUUAUAAAACAAGUUUCGGGAAUAUUGUUGAUUUUAGUUGUGAUCACGGACACUCGUUUGUGAAUAGAGGUCCUUAUGAGAACAUUUCUAUCAAAUGUCAGAAAGGAGGAGAAUGGAAUGCACCAAGAAUACCUAACUGCAUAAAUACCUAUUGUCCAAUUCCCCAAAGAGUAAAUAACGGAUACAUUAUUGAGUCAUCUGGUGUUAAGGUUGGCAAUAAUGUUACAUACCAAUGUAAUGAUGGAUUUACUAUGAACGGGGAACCAGUCAUUAAAUGUCUACAAGACGGAAGCUGGGAAGAAACACCAAGAUGUACAGCUGCUAGGUGUUCUGCUCUUUCGACUCCUCGUAAUGGUGACAUAGAAAUACUGACUGGAGAUGGGAGAGACUUUGCCUCUGUUGUCCAGUAUGUUUGCGAUCCUGGUUAUGAGACGUAUGGAAAUGUAACAACAUACUGUCAGACUAGUGGAAAGUGGUCACAUGUUCCUCCUUCUUGUGAAAAAAUAUGGUGUCCAAUACCUAGAACCCUAAAUGGAAGUAUGUACCCCUCAGGUGCACAGCAAUAUGAGGGGACAAUUACUUUAAUUUGUGACAGAGGAUUUGGCAUUAAUGGGACAAACAUGCGAGAGGUGGUUUUGAAGUGUGAGAGUGGUGGAAAAUUUUUACCGGAUGUAACAUGUUAUGGUAACGCAGGGCAUCAAUUGAUAUGCCCUCUUAAUAAAACAAUAUACAUAAAGACUGCAGCUGGUGAAGUCUUCAAUGUUAGUGAUGUUGUGUCAGUUACACCUUCAGAUUCUGAGUUUAUAUUUAGUCCUUCAGAAUUAAUAACAUUUGAUCAUACAACAAUGGUAGAGCAGAAAAAAGUAGUUGUCACUGCAAGUGAUAAGUGGGGAGCCGAGAAUCAAUGUUCAUUUUUGGUAGAAACUAAAGCUGUUGCAUGUUUUAGAGAGUCUUUCCCAGUAAGUGUGCUAAAUGCUACACCUCUGUUUUGUACUUCUGGCAACAUUAGCUGCACAGUUACAUGUAAUAGUGGAUUUGUGUUUUAUGACGGAAACACAACAAAGAAAUAUGCCUGCACAGGACGAAAUAUGUGGCUUCCAGCUUUACCUCCUGAUACAUGCAUAAAGUAUGAUGAACCAUCCUACAUCAUAGUACUUCAAGUGGUCUAUAAAACUGAUGGAAAAUUUGCUAAAGACUGUAAAUCAGGUCAUGAUGAUAAAAUCAAAACAAACAAUGCAUCAUUUACAAAUGACAUUUACAACAGAUGCAACAUCCCUAAUGUUGUAUCUGUUGGUCCAGUAGUAAUUACAAAUACUGAAACUACUACUACAGGAUUUGAUCUUAGAACAAGUUUUACAGUUCAACUGCCUUCCACUGAUUUAAACCAAAUUGGAGGAAAACCGACUUGUGGAGUUUUACUAGUGAACCAAUUAGGCAGAAAUGAUUUCUUAGAUUAUACUGGCAUUGUACAGUGUAACAGUGGUACAACAACUGUUGUCAGACAAACGUCGGAUUCUUCAAAUAAGGUGAUGAGCAGUGGAAAUCAGUGUGAAAAUGGCAUCAGGAAAAUGACAACAGUUGACAGUAGUUCAAAAUGCAUUCCUUGUCCUCCAGGAACAUAUUUUGGAAGUGGUGAUGCAUGUAAUAUUUGUCCAGAUGGAAGGUUCCAAAGUAACUUUGGACAGGAUGAAUGUUUGGCCUGUCCUUCAGAUAAUCUUGUUCCAUCAGAGGACAAAACUACAUGUUUAGCUGUAUGUCCAGCUGGAUUUAUAUCUGUUGAUGGUUUGCCAACCUGCACUCCAUGUCCAGAAGAUUAUUACUGGGUAAACAAAACUUACUGUCAACCUUGUCCAAAUGGUUGGAGUACCUUAUGGAAAAAUGGUAUCCCAGACAUCAAUAGUUGUAAAGAUACUUCUUGUGAAAUGAUUCGUCAGCCAAACAAAUCUGGAAAGGAUUCUCAAUGGGGUGAAGACCCAAGGCAAAUAUCUAUUGAAGCCUGUGAGCAGUAUUGUCUUGACAGUCAUAAUUGUAAAAGUAUUCAUUUUGAAAGCAGGUUUUGUUUUAUAUAUAAUCAGACAACACUGCUAGACGAUAAAGACGGAACAGUUUAUUCAACGAAACAAUGUUGUAAUACUCAGUAUAACACAGUGCAUCAGUUGAUAUGCCCACUUAAUAAAACAAUAUACAUAAACUCAGCAGCUGGAGAAAUUUUCAACAUUAGUGAAGUUGCGUCAGUUACAUCUUCAGAUUCUGAGUUGACCUUUGCAUUUAGUCCUGCAGAAUUAAUUACCUUGGAUCAUACAGCAAUGUUAGAGCAGAAGAAAAUAGUUGUUACUGCAACUAAUAAGUGGGGAGCUGAGGACCAAUGUUCAUUUUUUGUAGAAACAAAAGCUGUUGCAUGUUUUAGAGAGUCUUUCCCAGUAAGUGUGCCAAAUGCUACACCUCUGUUUUGUACUUCUGGCAACAUCAGCUGCACAGUUACAUGUAAUAGUGGAUUUGUGUUCUUUGAUGGCAACCAAACAAAGACAUAUGACUGCACAGAACAAAAUAUGUGGCUGCCGGCUUUACCUCCUGAUACAUGCAUAAAGUAUGAUGAACCAUCCUACAUUAUAGUACUUCAAGUGGUCUAUACAACUUAUCAAAAUCAAGUGUUCGCUAAAGACUGUAAAUCAGGUCAUGAUGAUAAAAUCAAAUCAAAUAAUGCAUCAUUAACAAAUGAGAUUUACAACAUAUGUAAUAAUAUCGUUGUAUCUGCUGGUCCAGUUGUAAUAACAAAUACUCAGACUAUUACUACAGGAUUUGAUUUAAGAACUAUGUUUACAAUUAAACUGCCUUCCACUGAUCCAGACCAAAUUAGUCAAAAGACAACUUGUGGAAUUCUUCUAGUAAACCAAAUGAACAGAACUGAUUUCUUAGAUUAUACUGGCAUUGCACAGUGUAGCAGUGACACAGCAACUGUUGUCAGACACACGCGAGAUAAUUCAAACAAGGUGAUAAGCAGUGGAAAUCAGUGUGAUAAUGGAAUCAAGAAAAUGACAACAGUUGACAGUAGUUCAAAAUGCAUUCCAUGUCCUCCAGGAACAUAUUCUAUAGGUGGUAAUGCUUGUAAUGUUUGUCCAGAUGAAAGGUUCCAGAGUAACUUUGGUCAGACUGAAUGUUUGGUCUGCCCUUCAGACAAUCCUGUUCCAUCAGAGGACAAAACUUCAUGUUUAGCUGUAUGUCAAGCCGGAUUUUUCUCUGUUGAUGGUGUGCCAACCUGCGUUCCAUGUCCAGAAGAUCAUUACUGGGUAAACAAAACUUACUGUGAACAUUGUCCGAAUAGUCGCAGUUCCGCAGGGAAAAAUGCUAUAACGGACAUCAAUGGUUGUAAAGACACUUCUUGUGCAAUGAUUCGCCAGGCAAACAAAGCUGGUAGGGAUGCUCAAUGGGGUGAAGAGCCAAGGACAAUAUCCAAUAUUGAAGCCUGUGAGCAGUAUUGUCUUGUCAAUCAGAACUGUGAAAGUAUUCAUUUUGAAAGCAAUUUUUGUUUUAUAUAUAAUCAGACAACACUGUUAGACGAUAAAAACGGAGCAGUUUAUUCAAAGAAACAAUGUUAUAAUACUCAGUGGAUUAAUUGUAAAAACAAUAUAGAUAACUGUGUUGGAAUGUGUACAGGUUCAAAUGUAGAUCCUAAUACAAACCGUUGUAAAUAUAUGUUGAAUGAUUAUCAAUGCAUAUGUAAAGCAGGUUACACUGGUAAAAGUUGCUACGAAGAAAUAGAUGAAUGUCUACAACAAUACCCUUGUAAACAUGGAGGUACAUGUACAGACAUGGUAGCUGACUUUCAGUGUAGUUGUAGGGAGGGCUGGACUGGAAAGAGAUGUGAAACUCCAAUGGAGUACUGUGCUCCAUCACCAUGUGCCAAUGAAGGAGUUUGUUUUAAUCUUACAGAUGAGUAUUUUUGCAGAUGUCAAGGUGGUACAACAGGAGGAACAUGUAACAAUUUCCCAGAAGUCUGUAGUAUUAUCAAUCCCUGUACAAUGAAGGGGACCUGUCAGGAUGUGGGAGGAACGGCUCAAUGUAACUGUAAUGACGAUUAUGCUGGAACUAGCUGUCAGUUAAUCAAAGAUCACUGUGCUGAUCCAGACACGUGUAAAAAUAAUGGUAAAUGUGUCACCAAACCUAUCGGAUUUGAAUGUGAAUGUGGUGACAGUUAUUCUGGUACUACCUGUUCUAUAUACACUGACCCAUGUUCCUGUAAUCCUUGUCAUGCUACAGCUAAAUGUAUAUCUAAUAAAGAAAAGUAUAUAUGUUAUUGUGAACAGGGAAACUUACUUACAGAUAAUGGAUGCAAAGGUAUUGAUGAGAAUUUUGACAUCUUCAUGGACAGAUAUAUGAAUGGAAUGCCGGCCUAUUUGAGAAAUCCUAUUGUGUCUCACACAAAUAAUAGUAUGACGAUCAUGUUUUGGAUUAGAGUUCUAGCAAGUGCAGGAGAAAAUCCUGUUUUGGUAUCAUUAGAGAAAAUACCCAUAGGAUCUGUUUAUCCCACCUUCAAUACGAAUAUUCAGCAAUUUAUAGCCAAAGGGCAGAGUGUCCUUCUUCGCAACUCUACAGAUACAAUGGAUAUUCAGUAUGAAACAGAUGUUGCUGAUGGAAAGUGGCAUUUUAUGGUAUUCUCCUGGGAACCUUUAGGAAAGUUUAAAGUAUUCAUAGACUCAAUUAAGAAGACAGAAUAUGAUUGGAUGUCAGUGAUUUUAAAUUUCAAUGAAUAUGUGAGUUGGCAAGUAAUUUUUGGUUCAGGGGAUACUCUUGGUAGAAUAUCAAAACUGAGGAUUUACAAGACAGUUUUCAAUGAUAUAGACAUAUACAAGGCUAAAGACAGCAUAAGUCAUUUGUCAUCAAACCAACUGAUACAAGGAUGGACGAAUAUAAAACUGACCAGGUCCACAUUUAAAAAAGUACCUAGUGGGGCAGGAGAUGACAAUGUUUGUGAUAUCAAUUUCCCUGAAUGUCUUGAUGAAGAUAGAACAAGGCCCAAAAUAAGAUGUCCUGACGAUCAAAUAAAGCUUGGUACUGAACGUCUAACAGCUUUUACAGGCCUGAAAAAUAAGUACAUCAAGCUUGAAGAUGUGAAAUAUGUGAACACAUCAGUUCACGAUGAUGAACUGUAUACAUAUGGUAGCAGCAAUGAAGUGUUCAUUGGUUAUGAUGGAGCUCUUAAUUAUGAUAUAUGUAGAUUUAAAGUUUAUGUAAAAUAUGCUGAUUGUCCUAGACCAGAAACUGAUGCAGAUAUUGGUUAUUGCUUGAACAGUAAACAUAUUUGUGGAUUAAAUUGUCCAUCUGGAAAAGCGAUAUCUAUAAAACACAAGCUUAAAUACAGAUGUGGAGCGUUGGGUGUCUAUAAUUUUGAUCAUCCAAUGAAGAAAUUUAUUUUGCCAGCGUGCGGAGGCCAACAAAAUCAGACCAUAGCUUUAUCAGUAAGCCUUACUUACAAAACUGUACCCAACUGUGUUCCAACAUUUCCAUCAAAUGUCAAGACAGGUUUGGAGGUGAAACUUAAGAUAGAUCUUCCAAACUUAUGGCCAGGAAUGAUUUGGUGUGGAAGUCAGUGUAAGUGGAAUGCUGUUUGUCGGAGAAACUCUAAAUAUAUAGACGUUACUUUUACAUUACCUCAGCUAUCAGCAAACAUAGAUAGAAAUGGAAAAACAUACAAAGUUAGAGAAGCUAUAUUGAUUUUUAUACUACAGGAAAAUGGUCUAAAUUUUAAUAAUGUUGCAGGUGCACAGCUGGAAGGGGAUUCAGUUACCAUAGAUGUAAGUUCAUCCUGUCCUAAUGGCUACAUGGUUGUUAGGAAACAAUGUGUUGAGUGUGGAAAAGGAACAUAUAGAAAUGACACAACAUUGACGUGUGAGUUUUGUACCAUUGGAUCAUACCAAACUAAUGUAGGACGAGCAGUCUGUGAAUCAUGUGAAUCAUCUAAAACAACACUAAACGUUGGUUCAGAUUCAUUUACUGAUUGUAUAGAUAACUGUCCAUCAGGUCAGUAUUAUGUUCCAAGUGCUUCCAGUUGUGCCUUUUGUGAAAGACAUUACUAUCAACACAUGAGUGGACAGGACUUUUGCUAUCCAUGCCCACAUGGAAUGAUAACUAGCGAAAAAGGAUCAAACUCCUCCGAUAGCUGUUAUCGUUGGAAUGCUGAAGAAGGGUUUGUACCAAAUACCACAGAUUCUGGGGAGAUAUCCGAAGGCAUUGCAAAUGCAGGAUUAAUUAUCGGACUGUCUAUUGGAUUGGCACUGUUAUUGUGUAUUGUAAUAUCAGUUGUCAUUGUUUAUAAAAGAUUGACAACUGAUAGUGACUAUUCAGUGCCAACAGAUAAAAACCAAAACCAAGGCCAAUCACACGAGCACCAUUACGAUGAAAUGAAUGACAGAGGUCAACAGUACCUGAAUGUUGGUAGUAUUCCACACAGUCAUAGUGUGUCUAACAAUGAAUACGAGAACGCUGAUGAUAACUAUGCUACAAUUACUGACAUACUCUGUGGAAAUUCAAGUUCGAACAAUGAUUAUUUUGAAUUGUAUGAAAAAUCAAUGGAGUCUACAAACAUAUAAACUAUAACAAAAUCAGUCCGUAUCAAAAUAUUCUCACUUUAUUAGCACGGACAAUAACAAAAUAGUUUUCCAAAUGUUUAAACAGCAAAUGUAUAAUAUUUAACAAACAUAUUUACCAGGAAAAUGAUGAAACCAACACAGUCAAUGCGUCAUGAAAAAUUUACAUGUACAUGAUGUAUGUAAGGUUGAAAAAACGUUUCGAUAAGAUAAGAAAAUGAAUAUUGAAUUUUAAAAUAUGUAUCAAUUGUAUAGCCUUUUAUCUAUUUUCUUCAAAUCAAACAUUUUUUUUGUAUAAUCAAAACUGUGUACCUAAAUUAUUUCAUGUUGUGUAACACUUGUCAACUACAUCAAAUUAAAUCACCCUUUUUU